AUGUCGGAUCCCUCAGAUCUCAAUCUCGACGCGCCGAGCGACCUUCAGGACAUUCCUGAACUGGCAAUGCAAUUGAUUCCUCCUCCGGAAGGCACAUACCCUGACAAGUCAUCUCUUCUCGCGGCGGUCCAGGCUCACGGCAAAACGCAUGGCUACAAUGUGGUUGUCAAGUCAUCCAGCACGCCAACAGAGAAAAAACCCGGUCGGACUGCCAAGGUCUGGCUGCGGUGCGAUCGUGGUGGGCACUACCGUCCGCGGAAUGGGCUCACGGAAGAAACGCGCAAGCGCAGGAGAACGUCGCGGCUGAUGGAUUGCCCUUUUAUGCUGGUCGCAGCUGGCUCUCCGGGGAUCUGGACCUUGUCAGUCCUGAACCCGACCCACAACCAUGGUCCCAUCCUUGAAAAGCCUCGACAGGUACCUCAUCAUAAGGUCCGGAAGGGCCAGCUCCCUGCGAUCCCAUAUGACUGGCCACAUGACGCUUCCUUCACGCCAUACACGACUGCGCUCGUCAUAAUUGACAUGCAAAAAGAUUUCUGCUCGCCGGGAGGGUAUCUGGAGUAUCAAGGCUAUGAUAUCUCAGCCGCACAGUCUCUGAUCCCAAAAUUGCAACGACUCCUCCAUAUAUUCCGCUCCGGGGGGUUUCCGGUGUAUCACACGCGAGAAGGCCACCGACCAGAUCUGUCUACUCUUUCCAGCAGGGAGUCUUAUCGCUCCCGCAACAACGCUUCGGGAUUGGGUAUUGGGUCGCCGGGUCCCCUUGGCCGUCUACUCAUCCGCGGUGAGAUGGGACAUGACACUGUGGAUGAAUUGUAUCCUCUCCCUGGGGAACCCGUCAUCGACAAACCAGGUCGGGGUGCAUUUGCCCACACAGAUUUCGAGCUCAUCCUUCACAACAAGGGCAUCAAAAACCUUGUCAUUGCAGGGGUGACAACCGAUGUCUGUGUGUCAACCACCAUGCGCGAAGCCAAUGAUCGCGGAUUUGACUGUGUGGUGCUUGACGAUGGCAGCGCAGCUAGCGAGCCCUCCCUUCAUGUCAGCACCAUCGACUCGAUCAAAAUGGAAGGCGGCAUCUUUGGGGCCGUCGCCAAGUUGGACGAUGUGAUCCACGCAGUCGAAAACUUCAAAUCCAUCACCAUGAAGAAGCUGGCUCCUCAGAUGACGGUUUGA